UUGCAAGAUGUGAUUAAAAUUAUCAACCACAUUAAAGUACAUGCUCUUAACUCACAUCUGUUCACACAGCUCUGUGAGGAGAUGGACACAGAGCACAUACGUCUUCUCUUAUACACAGAAGUGAGAUGGCUUUCUGAAGGUAGAUCACUGGCCAGAGCUUUUAAGUUACGAGAGCCACUCCAGAGAUUUCUUUUAGAAAAACAGUCACCACUGGCAGCACAUUUCAGUGACACAGAAUGGGUCACAAAACUUGUUUACUUGUGUGACAUAUUCAACCUGCUCAACGAACUCAGUCUGUCACUUCAGAGGGGAGUGACAGCUGUGUUCAAGUUGGCAGAUAAAGUGGCUGCAUUCCAAGCCAAACUGGAAUUAUGGGGGCGACGAGUGAACAUUGGGAUUUUUGACAUGUUUCAAACAUUAGCAGAGAUUUUGAAAGAGACUGAGCCAGGGCCUUCUUUCUACCAGCAUGAUCACCUAUCUCAGCUUUCAAAAGAGAUUGAGCAUUACUUCCCAACCACAAAAGACCCCGGAACUGGGAAGGAAUGGAUCCGUGACCCAUUUGUGAAUAAGCCAGGUGAAUCGACUUUGGCCGUGCUAGAAGAGGAUCAGCUGCUUGAGAUCGCAAAUGACGGUGGCCUUAAACAUAUGUUUGAGACAACUUCAAAUCUCCAUGCGUUCUGGAUUAAAGUCAAGGUGGAAUAUCCUGAUAUGGCCACAAAAACACUGAAAAGCCUGCUUCCAUUUCCAACAUCCUGUCUUUGUGAAGCAGGGUUUCCUGCAGUGACAGCAACAAAAAUGAGAUUACGGAGUAGACUGGACAUAAGUCACACACUUCAGGUGUCACUGUCUCCCAUCACCCCUAGAUGGGACCAUCCAGUUGCAGGAAAACAAGCUCAGGGCUCCCACUGAUUCUACAUUAUGUAUCUUCCUGGAAUCCUGUUGCCUGGAGACCACUCUUGAAGAACAUUCACUGCCGUGGCCUCUUGGAGAUUUAAGACUUCUAAUAAGGAGUUGACAGAAAUCAUCAGCUUGCGCCCGAUCAAGUAACAUUUUUUAAAAGUCACAAUAAAACACUUGUCUGGAUAUUACGCAUUCAGGUGAUCCUAACAGCUAAAGUGUAGGGUGCAAAGGACAAAAAAAAAAAAGAAAAACCUUUGGAAAAUUCUAAAUUUUACAAAUCCAUGCCAAAGGGAGAUGGGGCAAAAAAAUUAAAAGUCCACAUUCUUUAAAAAAAAAGAGAAAAUUUCAGGCCCUCCCAUUGCUUAUCUAUAUUAAUUUUCAAA